AUGAUAACAUUAUUAAAUAAAGUUAACCAAAAUAAUAUUAAGUUAUUAAAAUCAACAGCAUUAUUCCAAUCAUCAUUACAGUUAUCUAAAUUUAAAUAUUUUUCAACUAUAAAUAAUAACACUGAUAAAAAUCAAAAGAUAAUCGAAUUUAAAAAUGGGGAAAUUAAAAGUCAAUAUUUAAUUAAUAAUAACAAUAAUAAUAUUAAUCAAAUUACAUUAAUCAAACCAUCAGAAUCAACAUCAACAACAUUAAUUAAUGCCAAUAGUAUUAGUAUUAUAAAUAAAGCUAAAAGCUAUUUUUUACCAAAAGGAUAUCCAAACUCUGUAUCACCCGAUUACAUUCACUAUUAUAAAUGGUUAUUUUGUCAAAAUGUAGUUGGUUCAGUAACAUAUGUUCUUAGCACCCAUGCACUAUUAACCACAGUAGUAGGUAUGAGUGUAGCAUCAGCAUUACCUUUUGCAGCAGCCAUUUCAUGGGUAUUAAAAGAUGGUUUAGGAGCAUUCGCCCUAGUAUUUUUUGCAAAUAAAUUUAGUACACUUUUAGAUUUCGAUUUAAAAAAAUAUAAAUUUAGAGGCGAUAUCUUACAUAAUUUAGGUGUUUUGUUGGAAAUGUGCACACCAUUUAUUCAAGGAUAUUUUUUACCAUUAGCAUCUAUUUCAAAUUUAUCAAAAGGUCUUGCUGGUUUGAUUUAUGGAUCAACAAGAGCAAGUUUAAAUAAAAGUUUUUCAAUUAAAGACAAUAUUGGUGAUAUUACUGCUAAAUAUCAAUCACAGAGUAUGGCUGCAUAUUUGAUGGGUAUGGGUAUUGGUUCAACUUUUGGAUUGUUAUUAUCAGGUAGUACAUUCUCGGGCAUAUCAAUAGUAUUUUCGUUAUCAUUCGUUCACAUGUUUUUAGGUUACAAAGCUGUAAAAUCCAUUAAUCUUAAAUCAUUAAACAAACAAAGAUUAUCCAUUAUAAUUGACAAUUGGUUAUUAAAUUCCGAAAUUUUAAAUUCAAAAAUUGUAAAUAAUAAUGAAGAAUUCAUUUUUGAUUCAAAAUACAAUAAAGAACCACAUAUUAAAUUAGGUUUAUCAAGUGAUGAUAAAGAGUUUUUAAAUAAUCCUCAAGAAAUAUUAAAUUCAAUUAAUUUUAGUAAAUCAAAUAAUAAUAAUGAAUAUUUUAUAGUUUUAGAUAAAAAAAAUCAAAAAGAACAACAAAUCUCAGUCUACUAUUUAGAAGGUCAACAAUCUAAUAACUAUAAUGACCAAUAUAACCAAAAUUUAAUUUACAUAAAAUCAUUUUUCCACUCCCAUAUAAUUAGAAAUGAAAUUUUAAAUAAUCCAACUAAAUCAAGCGAAGAAAUCUUUAAAAUCUCACAAGAAAAAGUGGAUGAAAAAUAUCAAUUCUUUAUAAAUGAUUUAAUAAAAAGUAGUCAAUGGAAUAUCAACCCAAAUACAAUUUUAAUGAUGGAAAUUGGUGAAUCUAAAUUCAAAUUAAACUAA